AGGGAGGACUGGGCUUGUUCAGGCAGGACAGGAGGGCUUGCGGGACUUCAUCACACCGGCCGGGUCAAGAAGCAGCAGAAGAUGGAGAUCCGACCAGACAGGAUUAAGGCGGUCGCGGGCAAAACUCUCGGGAAAAUUCACAGGCUGAUUGAGAAGCGGCAGGCCAAUGGAGAAACCAUUGAGUUGUCAGCGGAGGGCCGUCCUGAGCUGGUGGAGGAGAAGGAGAUGCCGAUGGUGGACUGUACCUGCUUUGGCUUGCCGAGGCGGUACAUCAUCGCCAUCCUGUCUGGCCUGGGAUUCUGCAUCUCUUUCGGCAUCCGGUGCAACCUGGGCGUGGCCAUUGUAAGCAUGGUGAAUGACCACACUGUCUACAAAGGCAACAAGGAAGUACUUGUGGCUGCACAGUUCACCUGGGACCCUGAGACAGUGGGGAUGAUCCACGGCUCCUUCUUCUGGGGCUACAUCGUCACACAGAUCCCGGGUGGCUUUAUAUGUCAAAAAUUUGCAGCCAACAGAGUGUUUGGCUUCGCCAUAGUGGCCACAUCCACCCUCAACAUGCUGAUUCCAUCUGCAGCUCGCUGCCAUUACAGCUGCGUCAUACUGGUCAGGAUAUGCCAGGGCCUUGUUGAGGGUGUAUCGUACCCAGCCUGCCACGGGAUCUGGGCCAAGUGGGCGCCUCCUCUUGAGAGAAGUCGAUUAGCCACAACAGCCUUUUGUGGGUCCUAUGCUGGGGCGGUGAUAGCAAUGCCUUUAGCUGGGAUACUGGUGCAAUACACUGGGUGGCCUUCAGUAUUCUAUGUCUAUGGCUUUUUUGGGAUAUUCUGGUAUUUGUUCUGGAUACUGGUGUCGUAUGAGAGUCCCGCAGCCCAUCCCACCAUCACACCGGAGGAGAGGAAGUACAUCGAAGAUGCAAUCGGAGAGUCUGCCUCAUUUCUUAAUCCUUUGCAUAAAUUUAAAACCCCAUGGAGACACUUCUUCACCUCCAUGCCAGUCUACGCCAUCAUUGUGGCCAACUUCUGCAGGAGCUGGACCUUCUACCUGCUGCUCAUCAGCCAGCCGGCCUACUUUGAGGAAGUCUUUGGCUUUGAGAUCAGCAAGGUGGGCAUGGUGUCAGCUUUGCCCCAUCUGGUGAUGACAAUCAUCGUGCCUAUUGGAGGCCAGUUGGCAGACUACCUGAGAACCCACAACCUGAUGUCCACCACCAACGUCAGGAAGCUCAUGAACUGUGGAGGUUUUGGGAUGGAGGCGACCCUGCUGCUGGUGGUGGGAUUCUCUCACUCAAAAGGUGUUGCCAUUUCAUUCUUGGUCCUCGCUGUGGGUUUCAGUGGAUUUGCUAUCUCAGGGUUUAAUGUCAAUCACCUGGAUAUCGCCCCUCGAUAUGCCAGCAUCCUGAUGGGCAUCUCGAACGGGGUUGGAACAUUAUCUGGAAUGGUGUGUCCUCUCAUAGUGGGAGCCAUGACCAAACACAAGACGCGUGACGAGUGGCAGUAUGUCUUCCUUAUAGCUGCGCUCGUACAUUAUGGAGGAGUGAUUUUCUAUGGACUCUUUGCAUCAGGAGAAAAGCAGCCGUGGGCCGACAUAGAGGACACCAGUGAGGAGAAGUGCGGUAUUAUCGAUGAGGAUGAACUGGCCAAUGAAACAGAGGAGCUCUACCGCGGAGGCGGGCAGUACGGGGCCAUGAGCCAACCAGCGGUUGGUUCCAACGGAGGAGGGACCGGAGGAGGAGGAGGAGGAGGAGGAGCCGGGCCCGGAUGGGUGUCGGACUGGGACAAGUCUGAGGAGUAUGUGCAGCCGCCUGGAUACAACUCUUACAUGUACGGGGGAGAAGAGGAGAGGGAGCUGACAUAGAAGAUCUACGUGAUACAAGUUUUAAAACAAAACAAGAUAAAGAAAAGAGAAAGAUUGUUUUUGGAAAGGGAUUGUAAGAGAGUCACUGCUAUACUGAAUGGACCUGCUGUGUGCUUUUGUACAAUAUUUACAAUUGCACAUAUCAAAAGUAUGCAUCUGAUUCAUUCCAGUGUGUGUGUGUGUGUGUGUGUGUGUGAGUGUGCGUGCGUUUGUGUGUUUGUGUGGGCACGUGCAUGCAGAGGGGUCAAUAUACACAAACACAUUACAUUACACAGUAUUCAUUAGCAAAAACUGAACUCAUAUAUCCCAGACUUCCUUCCUGCUCCUGAGCUCAUUGUGAUUGGUCAGGAGUUCUGUUUCCACGACAUCACUGAGGAGAUUCAGUGUUCGUGUGUGUGUAUGUGUGUGCGUGGUUGGUUGGCUUUUUGCGUGUACAGCAACUCUCUCAAGCCACUGGCAUUGUGUUAUAUUUAAAUUUUUAUGUGUAAGCCACACAUUACUUUUUUUUUUAGCUGGGAAAGCACGUUUGGGGCCUCAGUUCA